CGUGCUAUACGUACAUCCCUAGUCAAAAUUUAUAAACACACCGAAAUCAGAUUCGGGUAAUGUCAAAUAAGCAAAACGUACAUUUUUAUAAAACAAUGCGUUAAUUUUUGGUACGGCGUAUGUUAAGAUACUGAAUAACGCUUGACUCAAUUAUUGCAAGUUCAAUUCAAAUAAACAUGGAUGAACUAAGAUCUUUUUUCAACAAUCCGUGCCCCUCGUCGUCCCAAAUGGUGAAACUCCGCGGGCCUCUCACCGGUGGUUUUCGAAUAACGAAAGACGAUCCUUCAACCGAGCUGAAUCGACGACAGGAGCACCGGCACGCAGUGAUUUCGAGCGGCAAAAAUUAUGUGCAUGAGGUUAAACAGAAAGAAACAGAGUUAUAUUUGAAGAAUGAGAUGAGUCGCAGGGACAGUGGUAGUAUAGCUGGUGGCAUGGAGUCUCUGGAGCAGUUGUCUUCAUGGAACGCCUAGCAAGGUGUUGCUCAGCUGAAUGAAGCUAUGACAGAAGUCUUAAUAAAUACUAGCCAUGAAACAAACACCAAUCUAGCCAUAAAAACACAGCAGCAUAAUUCUGGACCAAUAGGUGCCACAGUGACGGAUGAUAGCUACCAAAACCGCAGACCAUGUAGGAUAGUGGUGACCCAACCCAGGAGGAUUGCAGCUAUGUCCAUUGCUAAGGCGGUUGCACAGGAAAGAGGUUGGGAUGUGGGAGGGCUUGUUGGUUAUCAGGUUGGUCUGGAGAACAACACAUCACAACAUUAUGCAUAAAUUGGUGUUUUACUACAGAAGUUGGUUGCUGCCAAGACAAUGAAUGAAUACACCCACAUAAUUUUGGAUGAAGUACAUGAGCGUGGUCAGGAAAUGGACUUUUUACUGCUUGUUGUUAAGAAAUUACUCUACACUGUAUCACCUGCAGUCAAGGUGGUGCUCAUGUCGGCCACAUUCAAUAGGAAAGCAUUUGCCGAUUACUUCCUGAUACCAACACCAAUGGGCCUGCAGACAUCUUUAUGUAUAAAUAUAGUCAAAAAGAAUCCUAUGUUCACAGUCAAAACUUUUUACCUGAAUCAUUUGAAUAAAUUUGGUUCGGUACUUCAAAAAGCAAUACCAAGGGAUGGAGAGCCAUGUAUUACUCCAGAAAUGCACCACCUGGUCAUUAAAUUAUUAAAUGCAUUUGAACAAAUAGAUAAACAAGAAGAUAACUACACAGAUCGCUCUGAGGCAGAUCUACCUUCUGUGUUAAUAUUCCUGCCCGGUAUUAACGAAAUAGAAGAUUUGUAUGCCAGCCUCACCGAUCUUCAGUUACGCGCGAAGGUGGCGGACGCGGAGUGUGCGCGCUACAAGUGGUGGGUGUUGCCGCUGCACUCCAGCAUCACGGCGGACGAGCAGGUGCGCGUGUUCCAGCGCGCGCCGCCCGGCCAUCGCAAGGUCAUACUCGCCACCAACAUCGCCGAGAGCUCCAUCACCGUGCCAGACAUUAAAUAUGUGAUUGACUUCUGCCUGAUGAAAGUGCUAGUAGCCGACGAUGAUACAAACUUCACGACGCUGCGGCUGUGCUGGGCCGCUAAGACCAACUGCGAGCAGAGAGCGGGGCGCGCGGGCCGAGUGAGGGACGGGCGAGUCUACAGGCUCGUCACUGAUAAGUUCUAUGACAGCCUGCAGCAAGAUUGCGACCCAGAGAUAGUGCGUUGUCCACUCGAACGACUGGUGUUACUAGCCAAGAUGCUGGACAUGGGCCCACCAAGCGACAUCCUAGCACUCGCCAUGGAUCCCCCAGACCUGUCCAAUAUCCACAGAACCAUACUGGUUCUCAAAGAGACGGGAGCUCUGACGAAAACCAUGGAUGACGAAUGGAAUGCCUCAGACGGUGACAUCACGUACCUGGGCCGUAUCAUGGCGAAACUCCCGAUAAAUGUGCAAGCGUCCAAACUAAUUGUACUAGGCUACAUAUACGGGUGCUUCGACGAAACAGUGAUCAUGGCUGCGGCGAUGUCAGUCAAGAACAUAUUCAACACGCCGUUUCGCGAGCGACUCAAUGCAUACAAUUCGAAACUGACGUGGGCAGAUGGUUCUACUAGUGAUUCUAUUGCGUUGCUCAAUGUUUAUAAGGUGUGGAGCCACCUGCGGCAGCAGCAGCAGUUCCGCGCGGCGGGCAGCGAGGCGACGUGGGCGCGGCGCUUCUACGUGCAGGCGCGCGCCCUGCGCGAGCUGCACCUGCUCGUCACCGACCUGCGCGCGCGCCUGUCGCGCGAGGGGCUCCACCCCACCGACACCUCGCCCUGGGCCCGCCACGAGCUGCCGCUCGCGCUCAAGAUAAUUUUAGCAGGCGCGUUCUAUCCACAAUACUUUGUCCAAGUGUCACAAGACGAGUCCCGGGAACGGGACGCGGUGCGCACGCUGAGCGGACAGGAUCCACGGAACUCGGUGUAUUUGACCAACUUCCCGGACAACCAACCCGGUGAAAUAUACGCAACCUCUAUCAAGAAAAUUAUUCGGCAACAGAUAGGCGACGAGCCACUUGUCACCUUUGAUAAUAACAGCAGAAAAGUAUACCUCACAUUUGACAACGGCAGCCACAUGUCAAGAGGUGACCGAGACAAAAGCGGGGACCCCACUAUACCUGGCCAAGUAGCACUACCAGUGUACAAGUGCAUCAAGUUUAGACAACUGCGAUUGGAUGUGAGAAUUCCAUUAUUGCCUCCAGACAAGGCAAAUAUCCUCGCAGAAUCUUUGAGAAUGGAGAAAUUGGAUUUGAAGAUGGAAAAUAUGGUGCCGCGCCUUCCCGAAGUGAAUGACACCCACUUCCCACUCAAAAUAUGUCAUGUCAUCGACGUGAACAAGUUCUGGGCUCGCUACGACGACGAGUCCACCGCCAGCGACUUGCGCGACAUCACGCUCGCGCUCAACUCGCGGUUGCUGCUCGCGCCCACGCACUCCCUCGCCGUCGGGGAGCUGCUCGCCGCGUCUUACACUGACGCCGCGGGCACCACCGUGCACCGCGUGCGACUGCUCAAGAUAUUGCCCAGGGACAUGCUGGAGGUGCUGUACGUGGACUACGGCACGCUGGGGCGCGUGAGCACGAGCAGCGUGCGCGCGGUGCCGGCGGGCGCGCGCGCGCUGCCGCCGCUCGCCAUGCGCUGCCGCCUCGCCGCGCUCGCGCCCGCGCCCGUGCUCAACGACCGCGCCGCCUUCACGCCGCAAGCGCAGCGCGUCUUCAAAGAGAUAUUGACGCGGGGACGCCUGCUCGCCAAGGUAUAUUCUGUGGUGCACGGCGUGGUGUCUAUAGAACUUCUGGCCGAAGGCGGACAACUCAACGUCAACCAAGAACUGAUAAAGAAAGGAUUUGCUGUUUCGUGUGAAGAGAGCUAUGAAUCUAAGUUAAACCACGACCUUCGCGAAACUGCAAACGAAUUGGAUAUGGCACAAAUACGCGCAUACAACAGGGAACAAACUGCAUCAGCAUUCAACGAACUACGAGAGCUGGAGCCGCCUAACGCCAAAGAAUGUAUCGCUGACGUCUCCUUAAAAGGACCUUUCAGUCCCCUGGAAACAUCAGUACACACGUUGAUGUACGCGAGGCGUGAGAAACCAGUUCACAUUGAAUGGAACUCUGUGAAUUCAGUACUGUUGGACACCGACCCGCAGCUUGCAUAUGAGAGAUUGCUGGUGGCCGCAGAAGUGAGUCAGAGUGAGAACAACAGUAAGUUGUUGCUGCGCCACACGACUCUGAUGCCCAACAUACCUGCGCUGCCAGCCAUCAUCUCUCUUCUCUAUUGCCCCUGUGUGGACGCGGAGUUGCGGCGCGACGUGCGGUGCUCGCGGUACGUGAGCGCGCUGUGCGGGCUCGGCUGCGACGAGCGCGCUGCGCUGCGCUUCCCCGAGCACGUGCUGCUUCUUGUCACCGUCGACGCAGACCUCGACGUCGACGACAUCGGGCUCAUCAACCACAUCCGGCACUUGACCGACUAUAUGAUGUAUUGUGCGGACGGACAAGACAUGCCCACGCCCGACGACGACUUCCGACCUCAGAUACCGGCCAUCAUACGCAAGGAUCUCAUGCAGCUGCUGAUGAAGCGGCGGCGGGCGCGCGCGGCGCAGGCGGUGGCGGAGGCGUGGGAGUGGCGCUCCGUGCCCGAGGACGAGCUGCUGGAGAUGUCGGCGCCCGACAUGGCGGCGCAUGCGCUGCUCUACCCGCUGCACGUGCCCAUCGACCUGCGCCCGCUCUCCAGGGAACACCUGCGGGAACUCAAGCAACAGAACGACCAGCUCAAACUGCUCGUCAGCAGGAUCCCCGUGUCGUCGAGUACAGAGAUGGCAUGCACGCUGUGCAACACAAACCCGAUGCCGAUGCACGCCAUGCGCAUACACCUCUACUCCAACGCUCAUCAAGAGAAGGAAGAGGACUUCCUCAUAUUCCAAUCAUAAACAUAUAUUAUUAUUAUUGUUAUCUAUAAACUACGUGAUAGAAAAAAUCUUUAAAAAGUGAGAUUGUUGAUUCCUGUCGUCAAAGUGAUUCAAACGUAAUUUUGGCUUUAUUAGCAUAAGUAAUAUACUUUGUUUUUUUUUACGAUCUGUGAUAGAUCUUUCUCUUUUUUUAUAUUCUUUGUUUGCCUACUUAGUUGAUUGACUGUGUUGUAGCUGAGCCCUAUGACUGAAUAUUACAUUCAUAAUUUAGUUUUUAUGUUUGAAACUUUAAAAAUGUUAUUACUAGGUUAACAUAAGUUCGUAAACCAUUGCCAUGUAAAGAAGUUGUUUCAUUAAUAAAAGUAUUAAUCGACUCUU